GAGUAGAUAGAAAAGAUGCGACCAUUGGUUGCUCUCCUAAUUCUCUUCUAUUUCAUUUUGUCGCCGCUUAUCGCCGGCGACCUCAUGCCUGAAACCGGCGGACUUAACGCUACUGCCUCAAACGAUACCUCCUUGCUAAAGGAAAACACUCUUGCAGAUAUGAUUGAUCACGCAUUGGAGAAAGAGUUCAAUGAAACUGAUGAACUCGCCGACGUCAAAGAUCAUGGAAGCUUCAACAACAGUGUUAACGAACAGCAGGCAGUUCUGGAAACUGUUGCGAGGGUUAAGCCCAAGAAGAAUGAGACAAAAGAUGAAAAGUCAUUUCAGUUUAAUGAUGUUUUUAAGCUUGAUAGUGAGAAUCAACCCGAAGAAACUCCAACCUUGAUAGAUAGCAAGGACAAUGUCUUCAUUAUGUCCAACCGCAAGUCGAAAUUUCCCAUCUUACAGUUGGACUUAAGGUUCAUAUCUGAUUUAGUUGUUGUAAUUGUGUCUGCAACGUGUGGUGGAAUUGCCUUUGCUUGUGCUGGACAACCAGUUAUAACUGGAUAUUUACUAGCGGGAUCCCUUAUAGGACCUGGAGGUUUUAGUAUUGUCAGUGAAAUGGUUCAAGUUGAGACUGUGGCACAGUUUGGAGUUAUUUUUCUUCUUUUUGCACUGGGACUUGAAUUCUCUGUUGUGAAGAUUCGUGUUGUGCGAGCAGUUGCUUUUUUCGGCGGGCUGCUUCAAAUGCUUUUGUUUAUGUGUUUGUGUGGGAUAACAGCCCUGUUAUGUGGUGGGGAAGCAUCUGAAGGUGUCUUUGUUGGUGUGUUCCUGUCAAUGUCUUCAACAGCAGUGGUUUUGAAAUUCUUGAUGGAAAAGAAUAGUAUCAAUACAUUAUAUGGACAGGUCACUGUUGGAACCCUCGUUCUGCAGGACUUUACUGUGGGUUUGCUAUUUGCUCUUCUCCCUAUCCUUGGUGGUACUUCUGGUGCUCUUCAAGGAAUCAUUUCCAUGACAAAACUGCUGGUGGUGUUAGUUACAUUCCUGACCAUUUUGGCAUUAUUGUCCCACACUCUUAUACCUAGGUUACUGAAGUUGAUGAUUAGUCUAUCCUCACAGACUAAUGAACUCUACCAAUUGGCAUCUGUUGCACUCUGCUUGCUAGUUGCUUGGUGUAGCGAUAAGUUGGGUUUGAGUCUUGAGUCAGGCUCAUUUUCUGCUGGACUGAUGAUAUCAACAACUGAUCUUGCUCAUCAUACUCUGGAACAGGUGGAGCCGAUACAGAACUUUUUUGCUGCUCUUUUUCUAGCCAGUAUUGGAAUGCUUAUUCAUGUCCAGUUUCUCUGGAAUCACAUUGAUUUUUUGCUGGCAGCUGUUAUCUUGGUGAUUGUUAUCAAAACAAUUGUGUUCAGUUUGGUUGUGAGAGGAUUUGGCUACAACAACAAGACUUCCCUUCUCGUUGGGAUGUCUCUUGCACAAAUUGGAGAAUUUGCUUUUGUUCUUCUUAGUCGAGCGUCAAACCUCAAGUUGAUUGAGGGUAAACUAUACAUGCUGCUUCUUGGGACAACAGCACUCAGUCUGGUAACCACAGCAUUACUGUUUAAGCUAAUACCUGCCAUGGUACAUCUUGGAGUGCUAUUACGAUGGUUUUCUCCUGAUUCCACCCAUGAGAUUAAAGGGGAGAUUUUGCGUGCGGACAGUGCUAAGCAUAUAUCUUUGAUGGUCAUGAUUGUUGAUAUUAAAUAUAUAUAAGCCAGAAGUGCAAGUAAUGGACUUGACCUGAUGGAUGGUCUUGUGGUUGGGGGAUAUGUGAUUAAGAGUGCAAAGAAGGUCGAUUGACUCCCCACUGCUCCUUCUUCCCUUAGUAUGGCAGGUUUGGUGCUGAAUACAGUUUUCUACAUAUUAUUUUUAACUACCCACCAUACUACGUUACAACUGGGAAGUGGAUAUCUAUACAUCUUGUAUUGUGGAGUAGUUGUUAAAUGUAUAGAUGCCCAAUUUUUCCUCUAGAUUUGCUAUUAUUGUUAUAUCUUGGGUUUAUGGGCGUACAACUUUUGUUUGGGAACUUGAUGGAGCUGAUUGCACUUUGCUAAAUCAUCAUAGAUUAUACUCCUAUUUCCAAAAACAAAUGACUGCAUCGAUAGAAAGGUUGAUCUGUAUGUCAUUUUAUGGCUUAUGGGGAGUUUGAGAAGCAUAAAUAUUUGUGUUGUGAAAA